AUGACCCAAGACAAGUUCUCGUCAUUGCGCGACCAGUUGGUCCAAGGACGACUCCUACUCCCUGGAGAUGAUGGAUAUGACGAGAGCCUCGAACGAUGGAGUCUGACCUGUAUCAAGCCUGCUGCCGCUGUAGCCCAACCUAGAACCGCGGAGGAAGCCAGCGCUGUCGUCAAGUUUGCAACCUCAAACGGUAUCAAGUUCAACGUCAAGGGCGGUGGCCAUAGCACUUCGCAAACAUCAUGUGCUCCAUCGCCAGAGGGUAUGGUCCUGGAUCUCUCUCUUCUGCGUGACGUGUCAGUAGACACUGAAGCACAAAUCAUCACCUUUGGAGGGGGUUGCCUAUGGAAAGAUGUCGACGGUGCGCUAUGGCCUAAAGGCUUGGCCACGGUGGGCGGAACCGUCUCCCACACGGGCGUGGGGGGUCUGAUACUCCACGGAGGGUAUGGGAUACUGUCUGGUAUCCACGGCCUAGCCAUUGACGUCUUGGUUUCGUGUCAGGUUGUUCUGGCAGACGGAAGCAUCGUGACUGCAUCCUCUUCCGAGAACGCUGAUCUCUUCUGGGCCCUUCGAGGCGCCGGUAGCAGCUUUGGUGUAGUAACGCAGUUCACAAGCAAGGUGUUUCCUCAAGGUGACAGCUGGGGUGGUAUGGUCUUCUUGCCCCCGGCUGCUCUUCCCACUGUGAUUGAAUUUCUCAACAAGUGGGGGGAGACCAACGAUGGCACCCAGCUUUUUCUCGCUGGAUUCACUUAUGCUCCCCCUGGUCCAGACCCAGAUGCUCCUAGAGCCCCCGUUGUCAUGGUUCAAAUGGCACAAGUCGGAUCAAACCCGGAAGAAGAUGGCCCCAAGUAUUUUGCUCCUAUCCUCGAACUCGAGGCAUUGAUGAAGCAGGUUGGACCCAUGCCUUAUCCCAUGAUCAAUCAGGGCUCAGAUGAGGCCAUGGCUACAGGAAGCCGGUACCUGUUUGGCGGUGCUAACUUCACGCUUCCCAUGAAACUCUCAACUGCGGAAUCAAUCCGCGAUCGCUUCGCUGGUUUUGUCGAGUCCGAACCAGACACUUUGAGCAGUAUUGUCAUGAUAGAGUGUAUUCCACACCAGAAGAUCAGGGAAGUCCCCGUGGAUACCACAGCCUUCAACUCGAGAGGGAAAUACUUCAACAUCGGUGUCCAGUAUAAGUGGCAGGAUGAGAGUCUCGAUACCAAGAUUCGUGAGUUCAAUCGUGGAUUCCAGAAGGGGAUUCGUGAGCUGGGAUACAACGACAAGUCUCUGUCGGACGGUAUCGGCCACUACCUCAACUAUGUCAGUACUGAUCAAAUUUCUGCUGAGGAUGCCUUUGGAUCCAAUUCAAAACGCUUAAGGGCGUUGAAGAGACAGUAUGAUCCUGACAAUGUGUUUGAUAAGUUGUGGAAGUUGGUUGGCGAGGUUGAGGACAGUUGGAUUGCUUGA